CGGCAUCAACCACACGUUUAGAUGUCAGUUGUUGACAUUUAGUAAUUCUACUGUGGUUAAUUGACCUUCACCAGCUUUGAUACAAGAGAUAUGCAAAAAAGUAAUCAAGUAAAUUGAAAACAACGCAAUGUUUUAGCCAAUUGAAAUAUGAAGAAAGUACACCAACUUUACAAUUACAUUUGAGGUUAUGCGUAAACUAACCCCACAUCUUUAGGAGUGAACUAUAAAAAAAAAGCAAACGAUGGGAACGGAAAAGGAAUUAUCGUUAAAAAACUUUUUCAUUUUUAAGCGAUUAUAUGGUUGUAGAGAAGAAGAACAAAUUAAAAAGAUUCUUUAUUAUUUUCCAAUAUCAGACAACACAGACGUGCAAAUUAAAAACGUCGGUCUGGCCGAGGGCAUUAUACAAUUCGCUGAAACUUUCAAACCUAGUUCUCCCGUUAAUGCACUGCACACAAACACCACUAGGCAGUUAUAUUUCCAACCAGAAACUGAUGUUUGGUUUGUGAUGACAUUGAAUUUGGCAUUAACAACAAAUAUAAAAGAGAGUGUUAGCACAAGUGAGUACUUACAAGAUGACCUACAAGACAAUAUAUACGAAGCCCGCCUGAAACAAGCCUAUUACAUGUACCGAUUAUUUUGUGAUUGCAUUUUGAAGUCCAUCGAAGACAGUCAUGAAGAAAUUUUAAAGAGUAGACUGGAGUUAUUCUUCAAUGCUUAUUUAGUAAAUAUGAAUUUAUCAAACUGUGAUAUUUUGGAUUUGUUGUUGGGCAUUCAGUACAUGCCUCUGGACAAACAAACUUUUCUUAAUGUGCAGUGUUUCAUAAGCAUGCUGGAAUGCAAAUUUGAUUUCAUCGAAAGGUGUCUAUUUUUAUACAAUGAGCAUGUUAUUUGGAACGGUUUGGAACCAACAGAUCUUCAAAUUAUUUACCAAUAUCUGAUCCGAACUUUACUUCCGGCGAAUGUAGAAACGGAAUUGAAAGGUGGAUCAGUGCCUAGAAAUCUCCCGUCUCCUUUUGCUGCUUCCCAAAAUGGCAGGUUCAUUACGGGACCCACAAAUCUAAAACAAGCCAAAGUUGUUGGUAAAGUACCCAAAGUCCACUUAUUCAGUGUAGGUACAGCUAAAGAGUAUCAUCUUAUCAUAUACAGGUCUCUAAGUGCGACUGUAUGCCUGUUUGUAAAAGGUGAAGUAGAGUUAACUUUGGACAUGUUCAAGGAAGUGAAUGACUUUAUGGUGUUUAAACUAGUUGAGGUGGUUACGGACAUUGCUGAGUUUUGCUCCAAACGAAGUGUGGUACCAUCAAAUCAUCCAGAAACCACACCCCGGUUCAUAUAUUUUGACAAAACAAAUAAGGCAUAUAGAAGUACUGUCCACUUAGAUAACAAACGGUCUGGGAAUAUUUGCUGCAACAUAGAAUCCUUGCGCAUCAUAGCAGACAUGAACGAAAACAAACACCUCCUCGGCCCAGUAGGAGAAAGUAUAGUAAAAACAAUGAAUGAGUUUUGGGUCGUGAGCAAAACCUCUAACUCCAGGGAAUUUUAUGUGGUUUUGCAGCAAAAAAACGCCAGCCUUAUUGAAAUUAGUGAGGAGGUGAAGAAAUUGUGUGACUCUGAAUUAAAAGGAAUUUUCUUUCAUUCUUAAUUAUGCAAAGCCCAUGGAUAUGGAAGAUAAAGCAGACUCUUAAAGUGAUAAAAUGUACAUACUAUUUAUUCCAUAUGUAUAAUAUCUAAAAUUAAUUCCAAUGGAGAUAUUACAUAUUACUUUUUUUUCACGGU